AUGCUGGUGACACUGUGUGGAAACAUUGAGCCAUUCUUCAACAUGCUGGUGACACUGUGUGGAAACAUUGAGCCAUUCUUCAACAUGCUGGUGACACUGUGUGGAAACAUUGAGCCAUUCUUCAAUAUGCUGGUGACACUGUGUGGAAACAUUGAGCCAUUCUUCAACAUGCUGGUGACACUGUGUGGAAACAUUGAGCCAUUUUUCAACAUGCUGGUGACACUGUGUGGAAACAUUGAGCCAUUCUUCAACAUGCUGGUGACACUGUGUGGAAACAUUGAGCCAUUCUUCAACAUGCUGGUGACACUGUGUGGAAACAUUGAGCCAUUUUUCAACAUGCUGGUGACACUGUAUGGUUAUGAUAAGUUCUUCAUGAAACCACUGGUGACACUACAUGGCAACAUCAACCUACUGGUGAUGCUGGAUGACGUAAAAAUCACUUACUGGUUCAACCUGAGAAGAUCCAGCCAACUGGUGUUACUGCAUGACAUUAUCACCUACUGGUUCAUCAGCCAACUGGUGUUACUGCAUGACAUUAUCACCUACUGGUUCAUCAGCCAACUGGUGUUACUACAUGACAUUAUCACCUACUGGUUCAUCAACCAACUGGUGUUACUGCAUGACAUUACCACCUACUGGUUCAUCAACCAACUGGUGUUACUGCAUGACAUUAUCACCUACUGGUUCAUCAACCAACUGGUGUUACUGUAUGACAUUAUCACCUACUGGUUCAUCAACCAACUGGAGUUACUGUAUGACAUUAUCACCUACUGGUUCAUCAACCAACGUGUGGUACUGGAUGUCAUUAUCACCUACUGGUUCAUCAACCAACUGGUGUUACUGCAUGACAUUAUCACCUACUGGUUCAUCAACCAACUGGUGUUACUGUAUGACAUUAUCACCUACUGGUUCAUCAACCAACUGGUGUUACUGCAUGACGUUAUCACCUACUGGUUCAUCAACCAACUGGUGUUACUGCAUGGCAUUAUCACCUACUGGUUCAUCAACCAACUGGUGUUACUGCAUGACAUUAUCACCUACUGGUUCAUCAGCCAACUGGUGUUACUGCAUGACAUUAUCACCUACUGGUUCAUCAACCAACUGGUGUUACUGCAUGACAUUAUCACCUACUGGUUCAUCCACCAACUGGUGUUACUGCAUGAUAUCACUGCCCUCUCCUGGUUCCUCAACCAACUGGUGUUACUGGGUGGUAUCACUGCCAUCUACUGGUUCAUCAACCAACUGGUGUUACUGCAUGACAUUAUCACCUACUGGUUCAUCAGCCAACUGGUGUUACUGUAUGACAUUAUCACCUACUGGUUCAUCAGCCAACUGGUGUUACUGCAUAAAAUUAUCACCUACUGGUUCAUCAGCCAACUGGUGUUACUGCAUGACAUUAUCACCUACUGGUUCAUUAGCCAACUGGUGUUACUGCAUGACAUUAUCACCUACUGGUUCAUCAGCCAACUGGUGUUACUGCAUGUCAUUAUCACCUACUGGUUCAUCAACCAACUGGUGUUACUGCAUGUCAUUAUCACCUACUGGUUCAUCAACCAACUGGUGUUACUGCAUGACAUUAUCACCUACUGGUUCAUCAACCAACUGGUGUUACUGUAUGACAUUAUCACCUACUGGUUCAUCAACCAACUGGUGUUACUACAUGGCAUUAUCACCUACUGGUUCAUCAACCAACGUGUGGUACUGGAUGACAUUAUCACCUACUAG